AUGGUUUCAGUAGGGAUGCCGAUGGAUGCCGCUUGUUUGCUGGCAGUGGCACUAGAAGGCAUUGUAUAUGGCUUCUCGAUCCUCAUGUUCAUGGGAACCAUCUGGACUUUGGCUUACAAAAAGCGCACGCAAGAUAUCAACCGCCCAAUGAUCGUAGUGGCCAUCUUGCUGUUGAUACUGAGUACUGGGCACAUUGUCGCGAACAUCGUUCGUAUUUAUGACGGGCUAGUGAAGUAUCGCGACACGUACCCAGGCGGGCCAGUGGCAUUCUUCGCAGACCCUACCCAGAUAACACUUGCGAUCAUGCACGUGUUUUACGUCCUACAAACUCUAUUGGCUGAUGGGGUAAUGAUCUAUCGCUGUUAUGUUGUGUGGCGAUCAGUCUGGAUCAUUAUCCUACCAAGCCUGCUAUGGUGCAGCGUCGCAGUGAGUGGUGCUGGUGUGAUCUACAGCUAUUUGCAAGCCACAAGUAACUCUUUGGACUUCUUUGCCAAUGCAGCCGGCGGACCUAUACAGUGGGUUACGGCUUACUUCGCCUCGACUAUGGCAACGAAUGGAUUGAGUUCAGGAUUACUUGCAUAUCGCAUCUGGAUGAUUGAAAGGAACGUCUCUGCAGCUCGCGCUACGAAGGGCACUAUGAUGCCAAUAGUGCGGGUGCUUCUGGAUGCCGCCGUUUUGUACACUGCAGCUCUUCUCAUUGCACUCAUAUGUUACCUGCUCUCAAACAAUGGAAUGGAACCCCCGGUGGACAUGAUCACGCCAAUGAUAUCGAUUGCCUUCUACAUGAUCCUUAUUCGUAUCGCAGUCAAAAGACAAAAUCGCACUCAUACCUCGACCAAUGAGACGAGACUAAGCAUUUCGCCGCAGUAUCCUAUGCAGGUUCGUAUAUCCAAAUAUAUUAGCAACGACGGUACCCCAGCAUACGGAAUAGGUAAUGAAGACUAG